GCGAGUCCCCCCGCCCCCGCCGAAAAAUAAGCAAAAGGGGAGAAAAGAGAAAGAGCCAGCGAGUGUGCGAACUAUACCUUACCUUAGUGUGCAUGUUUUUUAGCCAACGCACCGUCGUGCGAUGGUGUCUGGUGAUGGCUAUCAGUCCGGAGCUCCGGAGUAUACUUACUAUAGGCUUACCUAAUUCCAGCAAGUUAAUCUGUGACGACUAGAUCAUCAUCAUCGAGAAUAAUAGAUAGGUACUUCCGGAGUUGUUUUGUGUUGUAAUAUGUGCUCAUUAAAUGCAGUUAGGAAUUUUAAGAAAAAGAAAGAAGCAGCAGUUGCACCAAGAUGCAGUUGUCCGUGUAGUAGUAGUAGCACUGCAAGUUGUACUUUACUCGUAAUAAAAAGGAAGAAGAGCAGCUGCGCCUGGUGUACUUAUGCGAAUAGUUGUUGUCUGCAGUACUUAGGCGAAGGUGGUGGUAACUCUCUGGCUCUCUGGACCCGGGGAGGAAAAAAAUGGUGAGCCGUGCAGCGAGCUGUUUCUCGAGCUUCAUUCAGCCCGAGAAGAAGAGGAAAAGAAAAACGCUUGUGGAAAAGGUUGCGCUUCUCGAGAGCACGAACCAUGAUAGAUUCAGCGGACGAUGUUAACACUUUGGUGAAUGUACGUGCACAAGUUAUGACCAGAGAUGAUACUACAGGGGGCUGGCUGCCGUUCAAGGGAGGAGGUUUAAUCAAUGUCUCUGUUAUAAGAAGACCAAAUGUUCAUACAAAUCUAGUUCAAGACACUAAUGGUAACCAGGACAAUGGGGUGUCUGAAAGUUCUCCAUCAACUGGUUACAGACCAGCAAAUGAAUAUAUUAUUUAUGGGCGUAGAGCUGCAGAUAAUCAUGAUAUUCUCAAUUGCUUAAUCGAGAAAAACUUUGUGUAUAACAAAGUAAUGCCCACUUUUCAUCACUGGCACACAGGAGAGUAUAGAUAUGGACUGACUUUUCAAACGGCUGCCGACGCUCGUGCAUUUGACAAAGGAGUUCGGAUGGCGAUUGAAGAAUUGUUUGACGGAUUUGCGGAUCAAACGUUAUUAUCGGAUGAAAAUAAUCAAGCAGAUGGUGGUGAAGAGGAUGUUUUUAUGUCGCUCAAUUUACCGGGGGAGCCUCCAGAGCCUCUACGACCGUCACCUGCUGCAGUGUUAACAUCCUCGGCAAUAACGCCAACGUCUACCGAUAUAACGUCUUUACGUAACGCUGGUUUAACUGUAAAAAAUCGCUCCCAGUGUUCGGACCACUUUGAUCCCCAAAAACCUUCGGCUAACUACAACAGUCACCCCAACAAUGGACCGUCGAUUAUUAAGAUGCCACCGCCGCAUCUGUUACAAUCGGCAGAUCUUGCUUCGGACAAUUAUCCGUACGUGCAGCUGACGACCCUUAAUCACGAGUACCUGUAUCCAGUGAUAGAUGAGCAGCAUCAGCAACAACAGCGAGUUACUAAAGUGAAUCGCAGUAACUCGGCUGGCUCGCUGAAAAAGCCUGACAUUAUAGUGUCUCAGCCUACAAAAGGUGUAGAAGGCCUAGCGAUAAAAGGUGGCAGAGAGAAUCUCAGGUUGCGAUGUAAGCAUUGUCAAGAACUCUUUAUGGAGCAAAAUAAUCCACGAGGCGCUUGCGAAUACGCGCCAGAUCCAGUGAGAACUGGCAUUGCCCAAGUAUCUUGUUUGACCUGUGCACACUGCAUGCUAUAUCAUUGUAUGAGCGAUGCUGAGGGUGAAUUCGCUCAGAACCCUUGCAGUUGCAGUGCAGAAGAGGGCUGCGGUCGGCGUUGGUUCGGCCUGGCCUUGCUGUCAAUGAUCGUUCCCUGCCUCUGGAUGUACCCUCCGUUAAGGGCGCUCCACUGGUGCGGAAUGUCGUGCGGGAUUUGCGGAGGGAGGCAUCGAGCGGCUGAUUAGCCGGACGCACCCUUUGAUAUCUCUGCAUCAUUCUCCACCACGGCGGCCACCAAGACUACGGACAAGAUCGAGCUGACAGAACGUCGCAACAGUGCGCGCCGCGUCUCCAACGUCUAUGAGUGUCACGACCUCGGUAUAGGAGGAAGAUGCCAGAGAUACCAAAGGGGUAGGCAGCUACCGGUACACGCUCUCAUUCAUCAAUGUCAUCUCUAAAAGAACAAUUAUAUAUAGAAAGAAAGAGAAAGAUGGAGGACCGAUCAUAUAUGGUGUACAUACGCAUAAAAACGUCUUUCGAAUCCUUGUGCCACAUAUGCACAACCUACCCCCUUCUUUGCAUAUGUUUCUGUACAUUCAACAUGUGCAUACAUUUAGUCAAUGAUUGGGUUCUCUUUUUGUAGUCUCGAUUUUAACUUAUUCCAAGCUUUUUUUUUAUUUUUUUUUAUUUAAUACCAGGAACAUCCUUUUACGUCAGGAGUACUAUGGUCUUCACUCGAUUGAUACGGUUAAACAAAUGCAUUAAUUAACGAAUAAUAAUCAUGUUAAUCUAUUAGUACAAACAUGCACACAUCGGUGACAAUUUAUUCGCUCAAAUUUGUUUAACAAACAUAACGUUUAAGUACCAUUGCGUUAAAUAAAAAAAAUUAUUCGCUGUACAAAAUACUUUGUGCACCUUAAAGAGUAAAGACUUGAUGAGCAUAUAUACAGUUUAAUGUCGGCUGAGUGAGAAUCCAAUGUGAUGAUGUUUGGAUAAUAACUUAUAUAAGUUGUUACAUGAACUAGGAAAAUUAAAUUAUGAUUUAAAACCAUGACCUAAAAUUAGUAGAAUCCACAUUGCUUUUCUUUGACUUAUUGGAUACUCGAGUAUUUCUAUUAACGUACAUGAUCCUCGUGAAUGAUAAACAGCUUUAACUACCAUCAAUGUAAUAUAUUUUUCGUAUAUAUGUGUAUAACCAUUAAAAAAAUUGAGGCUUUAGGCAAAGUUAAUUUUCAUGGAAUUUAAAACUUGUAAGAUACGGUAAAAAGCCCAUUCACGGGCAUUUUUUUCAAAUAUAUUAUUUGCAAAUACGUCGCUUGCAAUCAAUCAACCAUCUUUUGUACCAUUUGGAUACCAAAAUGAAUUGGAAAAUAUUAAAAAGUACUGAUAAAUUUCACCAUGCUCAUGAUUGCUCAGAUGCAAAUGUCAUUAAGUUACCCGCGUUUUAUGCUGGAACAAUCUAAUUAUAAAUAUAAAUAACACAUAUUUAACCUUCCCCCAUUAUUCUUGUUAAUCCAGUCUCUUAUAUCGUGUCUUACAAGCUUAAGAUUUCAUUGAGUUACCGCACUUCAAAAAUCAAAUUAAUAAAGUAUUGUGAUAUUACGCUGGCUCUGUAUCCAACUCGUCAGAGCUGUACACCAUUGCACUACUAGUAUUUACUCGAUUUGUGAGAAAAAGGAAUCUUUGCCUCUUCCCUGACUAUUCUUUGACCUUACUUUAUUCUAAUGAUCGCGCGAAUCCCUUAAAAUAAUUAUUUAAUAAUUAAAAAUGGUGAUUGUUACACAGUCACUUUUGUACAUAAGUGUUAUUUUAAUAUUGAUCAAAAUUAGUAUAGAAAUUCAGAAAACGUAUCAAUAAUUUUCAAAUAUACUAUGAAACACAUAGAUAAACAACUACGAUAAUUGAGUAAAUAUCAGUGGUAUCAAAGUUGUAUACUUAUAGUUAAAAAAAAAUUUGAGUGUUACAAAUCUAAAAAAAAAUUUUCUUUAGCACAUACCAUUUUAAUACACGAAAUCAGUAAAAAAAAAAAAAAUAUGUACAACUCGUGGAUGCAUUUAUCUGUGAAGCAAAAACAUAUUCCGUGUAUUUUGUAUAUUUUGUUAUAAAAAUAAGGGAAUGGUUAAUAUUGUCUAUAUAUCUUUGUAUUUAGAUAAAGCAAGAAAGACACUAUCUCAGUAGAAUCCGCCGUGGUGUUAACUAAUGAAACAAAAUCUUACCUCGAUAGAGAAAUACAAUGUUUACAUCCCAUAAGACGAGCGUUAUUAUAUAGUAAACAAGAAUAGAAGUUAUUUAUUGCAUGCAUGCGAUUUUUUAGUUAUGGUCUAUUAAUAGUAAAUAUUUUUUUAUAAUUAUUUUUCUAAACGAAAAUAUACCUAUAAUUUGAAAUAAAAUUUGUAAAUAAAGUAAAAAUAUUUCAUGGCUUCAUUUCUUUGAAUGGGAACUUUUUAAAUUACCUCCUAUUUCAGAAUAGAAUUCUGGACUUUGAAUAAUCGAGCUCAACUAAGUUUAUAGGAUACAUAUAAGUGUCAAUCUCUUAAAGAUUUUAAUUUUAUUGCUAUACUGGAGAUAAAAAAAAUGUCCACGUAAAUAUUAAAAUAGAAAUUUGAAAAAAAAAAAUGAAAUAAACAACAAAGCAACACUGUUCCUUUUGAGUAGGUAUACCAAAUUCAAGGAGUUUGAAUUUAUUAUUGUAAAUAUAUAAAAUAGUGUUAGUGACGUUUGAAUCGAUUCAAUGUUAUUGUUAAUCACCUAAUAUGUAUAAUCGACUCCAUACUACGGACGGUGAUGCGAAUAAUUUACAAUAAUAAUUAUUUUUUGCAGUUAAUAAAAUAUUUUUUUAACCAAAUGAUUGUCUAACAUGCAUUUAUGAUUGUUAAGCAAACCUAAAGUUUAUGUGCGUACAAAGAGUUAUAUAAAAGUUACAUGCAUUGUAAAAAGUGUGCAGGAAAAGAAGAAAGAAAUAUUUUUAAACAACGUGAUUCUAUCAUUGGGUCUAAAAUAAUAUGUAUGAAAAAAAUAUUGCAUUCUUAUAAAUAUAUAGUAUCAACAUUUUAAUGUAAAUAUCUUUUUUAUGCCAGGGCCCAUAUCUAAUUUUUACAUCUGAUCUGAUGGUUGUUAUUAUUUUGAACAAACAAGGCGUACAUGUAUUUUUCCUUUUUUCACUCCUAUGUUUUAGCAGACAUUGAAAAUAGUGAGUAUACUUGUAUUUUGUGCUUCUAAGUUAAGCUUUGUCGGUGGCAUCCUUUUCCUUUACAUGUAAAUAUUACAAUUAAACUAUAACAGUAUUUUUAUUUCAUAUGUUACGUCUCAUAAAACCUAAAAAGUACGCCUAACGUGUACUUUAUAAGCCAUUCAAAAGUACGAUGAGGUUCUUAGAAUAUUUAGGUACUUGCUUAAGGACAAAAAUUAAUAUGGAAGAACGACAACGAAUCGAUCCUAAAAAAUUUAAUAUUUCAUGAAUAAUAUAUGUUACUGCACGUUGUAUUAUCAAAAUUGCUUAUUUAAAUUGUUUACCUGUAUGAAAAAAAAGUUAGAUUUAUAAUUUCAUUGGAAAUAAAAUAAUUUUUAAUUGUGAAUAAAUAUACGUAGAAUAUAUCAAAUUAUACUAGAAAUCAUACAAUUUAUUUCACAAAAUUUUUGUACCAUUUUUACUGCUAAUAAUUGCAUUGCUUUUUGAAUCUCAAGUAAAGAAAUUAUGAUGUACACAUGGUAUGUACCAACUGUGCAUAAAUUUAAAAAUUCGUUCACUUAUAAGGCGCUCAAUUUUCAAAGGCUGAUUUUCUUAAUACCACGUCGUGCUCGUGAAUCUGCAUAUGAGUGAAACUUAUGAUUGUAUGGAACAUUUCGUAUCUAAUACAUAAUGAAGUUGUGAAUAGGGUAUGUAUCAGAGAUUAACAAUUGUAAAUAUA